CUUGUAGCCUCAUGUAGGAUAGGGAACCUGCGGCACCUUUACUACGAAGAAGGUUCUAGCUGAUUCCAAGGAAAUUAUUGACCCACACUUAAUAUACUCCCCUUAUAACACCUCUCUCAUACCUCCAUCUCACCUAGAGCGGUUUCGGUAGGAAUGUUCAUUGUUGCCACCACUCCGUUAUUCUACACAAAGCUACGAAAUACUUCAGACACAGAACCUGUCUUUCACCUAUACUUCCUUCUUUGUCCUCUUUUUUCAGUUUAUUUUUCCUCUUUUUUUUUCUUUUUUCAUUUCUUUUCCCUCUUUUUUAUUAUUUUUCUUUAUUACCCAUUGUUGCGUGUUCACCAAACCCGUAUUAAAACCUGCCUGAGAUACCUCAUGUUGCUGUCUCGGAGUCUGCUCCCCCAUACUGGUCACCGCAAGGUCCGUCUAUACUACCGUACGUGUUGAAGUAGAGCUCGCCCCGGCCCACCUGGUUGUUCAUCAAAUCAUUGAACAAGUUUCCCACGCCAGGCCCGAAGAUCGGCAUCAAACAAUACUUCCAGGAAUCAUAUUGGUUAAUGAAAUCAUCU